AUGUCUUUUUUACGAAGAAAUACUUUAAUUACAAGAUCUGUGGUCAAGACUUUAAAUGUUCGUCACCAGUCAAGCAACACAUUCAAUCGUUCAAUUGAUAAUUCAAAUAUUUCCUCCAAUCCUAAAUCAAAACUUGACCAAUUUUCAGAUAAUUUAGAAUCAGGACCAGGUUUAGAUUAUUUUAUACAAGAAUCAGUUGGUUUGGAUAAGGAAAACGAUAUUUCUCGUUCUUCACGAAAUCUCAAUGAAAAAAACCGGAAGCCAUAUCAACGGUUACCAGAGUGGCUUAAAACUAAAGUUCCCGUUGGAGCUAAUUACGCAAGGAUAAAAAGUGAUCUACAAGCACGAUGCCCCAAUAUUGGAGAUUGUUGGGGUGGAGGUGAACAUAAAACUGCAACUGCGACCAUUAUGUUAAUGGGCGAUGAAUGUACAAGAGGAUGUAGAUUUUGUUCGGUGAAAACAAGUAAAACACCAAAACCUUUAGAUGUGAAUGAGCCAGAAAAUGUUUCUCAAGCAAUUUCUAAAUGGGGUUUGGAUUAUGUAGUAUUAACUUCAGUGGAUCGCGAUGAUAUUCCAGAUGGAGGAUCUGAACAUUUUGCAAAAACCAUUAGAUUGUUAAAAUUAAAAGCACCGCAAAUAUUAGUAGAAUGUCUUACAGGAGAUUUCAAAGGUGAUCUUGAAUGUGUUGCUAGAGUUGCAUAUUCAGGAUUAGAUGUUUAUGCUCAUAACAUUGAAACAGUUGAAGCAUUAACACCAUAUGUUAGAGAUAGGAGAGCAACUUUUAGACAGAGUUUAAAGGUAUUGGAACAUGUAAAAAAGAUCAAACCAAACUUGAUUACAAAAACUAGUAUAAUGCUUGGUGUUGGUGAAACUGAAGAAGAAAUAAUGGAUGCAUUGAAAGAAUUACGCAAUAUAAAUGUAGAUUGUGUAACAAUAGGACAAUACAUGCGUCCUACAAAGAGACAUAUGAAAGUUCACGAAUAUAUAACACCUGAAAAAUUUAAUUAUUGGUCUGAAGUGGGUAAUCAUUUGGGAUUUUUGUAUAUUGCAUCAGGUCCAUUGGUGAGAAGUAGUUAUAAAGCAGGAGAAUUUUUUAUUGGAAAUAUAUUAAAAAAGAGACAAGAGAAGAUAUUAAUUGGAAAAUAA